AUGCUUUGGUUCUUGUUGGUGGGAUAUGUGCCUGGAAUGAUGGCCAGUCUUUUGUAUGUGGACAGUGAUUCGAAGUGUGUCAGAGAACUAUGCCCUGGGGCAGAUUACUUUCAUUAUUACAACUGCAACGGAAGCAGAUGUGAUUUCCAUCUUCAGGUAUCAUAUUUUUUAGAAUUGCGAUUAAUUAUUAUUUCAGCCGUGGUUGUUUGCAGUGGUUGCAUUAAUUGUAAUAUCAUUCCUACUGUCAGUUGUGUGCACAUUACUGAACUGCAUUUGUUGCACAGACAGACGCUGA